CUGUCUCUCUCUCUCCGCGCGCUUAUAAAGCGGCCUCCGUGCGCGGAAAGGGCAUAAAAACAUGCCUCGUCUCUAGAGAGGCACCGCGCGUCGCUGCGAUUUGGAGACGCUUUUUAAAAAAAAAGAAGAAAAAAAAAGAAAAGACGCACGAGCGCAGGAGUUUUAUUUCAAACUUCACGGCUGCAGGUCGUUUGUGAAAAGCGACCUUGUUCUCAGGGAAGCAUCCCUGGGGGCACACGCACGCAGGCAGAAUCACGCGCAGUCCCCGGCAGGCCAGGAUGCAGGAGUCGGAGCCCACCGUGUGCCAGCUGCAGCCCAACAUCAUCUCGGUGCGCCUCUUCAAGAGGAAGGUGGGCGGCCUGGGCUUCCUGGUGAAGCAGCGCGUGUCCAGGCCGCCGGUCAUCGUGUCGGACCUGAUCCGGGGCGGGGCCGCGGAGGAGUGCGGCCUGGUGCAGGUGGGCGACAUCGUGCUGGCCGUCAACAACAAGCCCCUGGUGGAGCUCUCCUACGAGCGCGCCCUGGAGACGCUGAAGAACGUGUGCCCCGAGAGCCACGCCGUGCUCAUCCUCCGCGGGCCCGAGGGCUUCACCACCCACCUGGAGACCACUCUGUCGGGGGACGGGCGCCAGCGCACCGUGAGGGUCACGCGUCCGGCCGCCUUCCCCCAGAAGUCCUGCGACCCGUGGUCCCCGCUCACCGCCCACAGCCCCGGACAACAGCAUCAGAUCAACAGGGAGCCCCAGCUCAGGGCCAUCGAGAACCUGUCCUCGCCCUCCAUCACCCAGGCCGCGCUCCUCCUGCAGCGGGGGGGCGGCCCGGGCCAGGCCCCCCCGCUCUGCAACGGCCUGGAGGAGGAGAACAACGAGCUGCUGAAGGAGAUCGAGCCCGUGCUGCGACUCAUCAGGAGCAGCAAGAGGGAGAUCAACGGCGAGGGCCAGAGGAACGCCGGGAGGCGGGACGCCGAGAUCCAAGUGGCAUGGGACCUGAGUGUGGGAAAUGGCACACCUGGCCAGCAUCCUGAUAAAAUGCAGGAGAACCUGCCGAUGGUGCACAACAACAAUGACGAUGACAAGCCCCCGGCCCAGGGCAGGACCUCGCCCGUUAGGUCCAUGCAGAACGGCAGCCCCACCAAAUGCCCCCGCUUCAUCAAGAUAAAGAACUGGGAGACCGGCACGGUCUACAGCGACGUGCUCCACCACAGUUCCAGCAAGAUGCCAAUCUGCAGUGAAAAUGUGUGCAACGGCUCCGUGAUGAUGCCCAAUCAGCAUGUCCGGAAAGCCGACGAGGUCAGAACCAAAGAGGAGCUUCUUCCCCUGGCCACUGACUUCAUUGACCAGUACUACACCUCCAUCAAAAGAUAUGGCUCUAAGGCUCACGUGGACAGACUCGAGGAGGUUACCAAGGAGAUUGAAGCUUCGGGAACGUAUCAGCUAAAAGACACUGAACUGAUAUAUGGAGCUAAGCAUGCCUGGAGGAACGCUGCCCGAUGUGUCGGGAGGAUUCAGUGGUCCAAACUACAGGUUUUUGAUGCCAGAGACUGCACCACCGCCCAUGGAAUGUAUAAUUAUAUCUGCAACCACAUCAAGUACGCCACAAACAAAGGCAACCUGAGGUCGGCUAUCACCAUAUUUCCUCAAAGGACAGAUGGUAAACAUGACUUUCGAGUGUGGAACAGUCAGCUCAUCCGAUACGCAGGCUACAAACAGCCUGAUGGACAGAUCCAUGGAGACCCUGCUAAUGUUGAAUUCACAGAGAUCUGCGUGCAGCUCGGUUGGAAAGCGCCGAAGGGUCGUUUUGAUGUCCUCCCACUAUUGCUGCAGGCCAACGGAAAUGACCCCGAGUUGUUUGAGAUUCCCGAGGACCUCAUUCUGGAGGUGCCCAUCACACACCCGAAAUUCGAGUGGUUCAAAGAGUUGGAGCUGAAGUGGUACGGCCUCCCGGCGGUUUCUAACAUGUUGCUGGAGAUUGGAGGUCUGGAGUUCACCGGAUGCCCCUUCAGUGGCUGGUACAUGGGGACCGAGAUCGGCGUGAGGGACUUCUGCGACAGCUCACGCUACAACAUUCUGGAGGAUGUUGCUAAUAAGAUGGGCCUGGACACCAGGAAGACUUCUUCCCUUUGGAAAGAUCAAGCACUUGUGGAAAUCAACAUUGCUGUUCUCCACAGCUUCCAGACUUGCAAAGUGACCAUAGUCGACCAUCACUCUGCCACGGAAUCCUUCAUGAAGCACAUGGAAAACGAGUUUCGGGUGAGAGGAGGCUGUCCCGGGGACUGGGUGUGGAUUGUGCCUCCGAUGUCAGGAAGUAUCACGCCAGUAUUUCACCAGGAAAUGCUCAACUACCGCCUCACCCCUUCCUUCGAGUACCAGCCUGAUCCUUGGAACACGCAUGUGUGGAAAGGAGUCAACGGGACACCCACGAAGAAAAGAGCGAUAGGAUUCAAGAAGCUUGCUAAGGCGGUGAAAUUCUCCGCAAAGCUCAUGGGCCAGGCCAUGGCCAAGAGGGUUAAAGCCACCAUACUGUUCGCCACGGAGACGGGCAAAUCGCACGACUACGCCAAAACUCUCUGUGAAAUCUUCAAGCACGCCUUUGACGCGAAGGUCAUGUCCAUGGACGAGUACGACGUGGUGGACCUGGAGCACGAGACGCUGGUUUUGGUGGUGACCAGCACGUUUGGGAACGGGGAUCCGCCGGAGAACGGAGAGAAAUUCGGAGCCGCCCUGAUGGAGAUGCGCCACCCGACGUCCAACACGGAGGACAGAAAGAGCUACAAGGUCCGCUUCAACAGCGUGUCGUCCUACUCCGACACCCGGAAGUCCUCCAGCGACGAGCCGGAGACCAAGAUCAACUUCGAGAGCACCGGACCUCUCGCCAAUAUCAGACGAGUGAGAUCCUCCCCAAUGCAGUUCUCGGUAUUUGGCCUUGGCUCCAGGGCCUACCCACACUUCUGCGCCUUUGCCCACGCGGUGGACACGCUGUUUGAAGAGCUGGGGGGUGAGCGCAUCCUACGCAUGGGAGAGGGAGACGAGCUCUGUGGCCAAGAGGAGUCGUUCAGAACAUGGGCCAAGAAAGUUUUUAAGGCCGCCUGCGACGUGUUCUGUGUCGGCGACGACGUGAACAUCGAGAAGGCCAACGACUCCUUAAUCAGCAACGACCGCAGCUGGAAGAAGAGCAAGUUCCGCCUGACGUACACGGCCGAGGCCCCGGCCCUGACAGAAGCAUUAUACGGUAUUCACAAGAAGAAAGUUUAUGGAGCGAAGAUGAUCGAGGCUCAGAACUUGCAAAGUCCAAAAUCCAAUCGCUCCACCAUAUCUGUUCGGCUCGACACAAACAGCCACGACAGCCUGCGCUACAAGCCCGGCGACCAUCUGGGCAUCUACCCUGGCAACCACGAGGACCUGGUAACGGCUCUCAUAGACAAACUGGAGGACGCUCCGCCCGUCAAUCAGAUCGUCAAAGUGGAGUUCCUGGAGGAGAGGAACACCGCCCUGGGUGUUAUCAGUAAUUGGACAAAUGAGACGCGGAUCCCCCCGUGCACCAUUUACCAAGCUUUCCAGUAUUUCCUGGACAUCACCACGCCCCCAACCCCCGUGCUGCUGCAGCAGUUUGCUGCUCUGGCAACCAACGAUAAAGAGAAAAAGAAACUAGAGGUCCUCAGCAAGGGCUUGCAAGAGUACGAGGAGUGGAAGUGGUACAACAAUCCCACGUUAGUGGAGGUUCUGGAGCAGUUCCCCUCCAUCCAGAUGCCCUCCACCCUGCUGCUCACCCAGCUGCCCCUCCUACAGCCCCGCUACUACUCCAUCAGCUCCUCCCCAGACCUGUACCCCGGGGAGAUCCACCUCACCGUGGCCGUGGUCUCCUACCGUACCAGAGAUGGAGAGGGACCCGUCCACCACGGAGUGUGCUCGUCGUGGCUGAACAGGAUAGAGAAGGGAGAGAGGGUGUCGUGUUUUGUCCGAAGUGCACCAUCAUUCCAACUUCCCAAAGACAACCAAGCGCCGUGUAUCCUGGUGGGUCCAGGAACGGGAAUCGCCCCGUUCAGAAGCUUCUGGCAACAGAGACUAUAUGACCUCGAACACAACGGGAUGAAGUCCUGCCCCAUGAUCCUGGUGUUCGGUUGUCGGCAGUCUGAGAUGGACCACAUUUACAAAGAGGAGACCAUCCAGGCUAAGAACAAAGGCGUGUUCAAGGACCUCUAUGCGGCUUAUUCCAGAGAACCCGGCAAACCAAAGAAAUACGUGCAGGAUGUGCUGCGGGAGCACCUGGCGGAGACGGUGUACCAGUGCCUGAGGAAGGAAGGCGGCCACAUCUACGUGUGCGGGGACGUCACCAUGGCCGGGGACGUCCUGAAAACCAUCCAGCAGAUCAUCAAGCAGCAGGGCCACAUGAGUCUGGAGGACGCCGGCUUUUACAUCAGCAAACUACGGGAUGAGCACCGUUACCAUGAGGACAUCUUCGGGGUCACCCUGCGCACCUACGAGGUGACCAAUCGGAUUCGCUCGGAGUCCAUCGCCUACAUUGAGGAGAGCAAAAAGGACUCAGAUGAGGUUUUCUGCUCGUAGGCCGACGGAUUUGGUUGGGAUUUUUCCGGAAACGACCAGCCUCAAGGGACACGGCAGCGCUGGUUAAAGAAUACUGUGCCAAUUUUUGUACUGUUACGAGAAAAAAAAAAAGAUAAGAAAAAAGUUUAUUUCUGUCUCGGUUUGUUUUUUUUUUAUACCAUUUUUUUUGUUUCUGUUGGGCUCUGCAACUUCGUCUGUAGCAAGUUGGAAAAUGUUCCGUUCUCUGAGACUCUGUUUUUUGCUUGUCGAUGAUACUUCCAAAAAUUUAGAAUUGAUCUUUAUGAUUCAUGAUGUGUGCACCUAGUGUAAUGACCUGCCUCAUUGUGAAUGCAUGACAAAGACAAGAAUAUACUCAAGAAAAAUAUAAUAUACUCUGUGUUAUUGUUGCAGUUUCAAGGCUUUUAUUGAAGUUAUAUAUUUGCAGGGAAACGUGUGCCCGUUGAUGACAAACUGGUAUUUCUGUGAUGGUUAAAUCAAAAGAAAAAGGAGGAAACACGGGGACUGUUUAAUCUAUUAUUUGUCUUUAAUUUAUUUAUUUGUUUUGUUUUUUUGUCAUUUUAGGUGAGAGUGAGAUUUUCAGACAUACAGAGUAAAACUGAUAUUAUCCAAAGCAAUUUAGCAUGUUGCCAGGCCUGGACAAAAAAUCCUGUUAGAGCUUCAUUUAACAUAUUAUCUACCCCAAAUUGGCAAUCCUUCAAAAAGGCAUCAGCCCGAAUGUCCAUUCUGUUAUAACAAAGGAAACAUAUGUGAUCCAGCUGCUGUUUGGAAAACCUGUUGGAUGAGAAACUCAAUUUGGAUCCAUUCAAACUAAAAUUGAGGCUGUGCACAAAGGAAAUAUUUCAAGUUUUCCGCUCUCUUGGACUUUUAAAUGUUAAUGUGUGCACAAUGGUACAAUGUUUUUCUCGAAUCAUUCCAUUCUAACGGAGGGCAGCUUUUCUAUGGAAAGGUCUUUCAUGAAUUAUAGAUGAUUAAAUCAAUAGCACGCUUAAAAGGAAUUUUUUGGGGGAAUUCUGCUUGUUUCUUGUCACAUUUUCAUGGAGGCGUUUUUCUUUUUUUUUUUCUUUUUUUUUUGGGUGUUCUUUCUGAUGCUUUUGAGGCCUUUGCCGUGUUG